AUGGGUGUAAACAGCACAAACAAGACACUAUUUUUAAUAACUGUUGUUUUAAAAAUAAUCGGCUUAAAAGCGGCCGGUGAGUUCAGUAUUUUAUAUACUCCAGAUUCUUUACGUUUUAUGGCAACUGAUAAAACUUCGGAGAGUAAUUUAAAAGAGAUAUUUUCUGCAGCACUCGGGCUCUCUGUGGAACAUAGUUCGGAAUGGAAAGGAUUAAUUGUCGUGGAUCCUUUCAAUACUCCUGAAGCAGCCGUGGAAGUAUAUAUUGAUGGUAUAAGAAGCAUUGGUGAACAUAUUGCUUUGAAUACCUACAAACUUAGUGUAGACGAGUAUGAACCAGAUACCUACAAAUCAGUAAAAGAAAGAAUAAAGCAGCAUUUUACGGAAGGAGGCAAUAAAAUAGCGAAUGUUAAAUUAAGUAAUGGAAACGAGUUCAGGAAGUUACUUGGUAAUUUUAUAAAAAAUAAAAAACCCACCAAAGAAGUACUUCACCACUUAAAGAAUAACGUGGAAGAAGAUUACCUCUUUAUAAACGAGCUUCAGAUUUUACGAGCUGUUAUUCAAUGGAUCCAAGAUGGGGGUAUUGUCCCAGACAACCAAAUUGAUUUCUUCAAUUUUCGUAUUCGCAGUCUUCAUGGUGUAUCUGACUAUCAUGGUCCCAAUUCUAAAGAAACUACAGAAGCUAAGAAAUUAUUAGGCGAAGCUGUUCAAGAACUCAGCAAGGCAUUUGUCAAAGCCUAUGUUGGUUCGGUAUUAGUUACAGCUGUUAGCACUGAUGUCCCUCACACUCGUCGCUCAGCUCGAUCGGUCUCUAUACCAGACUUGAAUGUCACCCAAAGAAAAUGGUCAUAUAAUUGGUCCAAUGAAAGUUCCGAUAAGAAAAAGAAUCGGUACAAAUUUGUAAAACCAGCUGGUACUGCCGAUUAUGAAUGGAUGAGCCGGGCGAUCGUAAGGCCAAAAACUCGUGAAGGUAGUGAAGGUGGUGCAGGUGGUGAAGGUGGUAAAGGUGGUGCAGGUGGUGAAGGUGGUGCAGGUGGUGAAGGUGGUGCAGGUGGUGAAGGUGGUGCAGGUGGUGAAGGUGGUGCAGGUGGUGAAGGUGGUGCAGGUGGAAAUGGUACUGAAAGUGGAAAUGCAACAAAGCCAGCGAAUGGCACUAUUGCUGAUGAAUUUGACGUCGACUAUCCAGCAGUAUUUAAUAUAUUUCUGUGGUUCGGAAUGGUAAUGACAUUUUCUAUGCUUGCUAUCAUGUAUUCUUUUAUGGACAUGGACCCGGGCCGCGACACUAUUAUCUAUAGGAUGACUAGUAUGAAAAUAAAGAAAGAUAAUUAA